AUGAUUCAAUUCCAACGCAGCUUCUCCUUCUUCUCCACCACCACCACCACUCCUUCUCCCUCUCUUCGCCACCUCAUGUUUCAUAUCAGGUCGUUUCACUAUCCGCUAAUCCCGCCGCACGUGAAUGUAACCAACAAUCCCGUCCAACGCCGUAACCGUUUUCCAUUUCGUUCAUUUGGUGUCUCUAAUUUCACUACUUUGAAGUCCGUUACGUCGGUUAGCGGUUUCGGUUUUCAGUUUCCGGGGAACGGCGUUGGGAGGAGUUUAUUGAUUUCGUCUGUGGCGACGGAGAAGAGUAAACGGAAAAAAGUUGUCACUGUUAAAGCUGUCGCGGUUCGUGGUAAGGAUAAGGAUAAGGCUGUGAGUUCUAAGAAAGCUGUUGCUAAAGAAAUUGAAAAUGUGGAUUUAGGGAAAACUGGUUUGAGUGAAGAGUCUAAGAGUGAUAAACAGGAUUUAAAAAUUAAUGCUGCUAAGAAGAAGAAGCUGGUGCAGAGUAAGAAGAAAGAUGUUAAGGCUUCUGCUGCAACCAAUUCGUCGCAGGUGGUUGUUGAAAAGGUUUCUAGAAAGUCAUCUUCUAAAGGGAAGAAGACUAAUUUAAAGGAGAGUUCAUCCAGUAGCACUUCAAAAGAAAUAAAGGAUGAUUCUGCUUCUACAAGGUCGAAUAAGAAGAAGGAAGUCAUCUCUAGCCAGGUUGAUCUAGAGAAGCCGCUAGGGAAAUUUACGGAAAAACCACUGUAUCCACCUGUGGGGAAGUCUGUCAUGGUUGUUGAGUCUGUCACGAAGGCAAAAGUUAUUCAGAGAUACCUUGGUGAUAAGUAUGUAGUCUUGCCAAGCUAUGGUCAUGUAAGAGACUUGGCUUCGAGGUCUGGAUCUGUGCGACCUGACAAUGAUUUUAGUAUGGUGUGGGAAGUUCCACCAUCUGCCUCAGCUCACCUGACGAGCAUCAAUAUUGCAUUGAACGGAGCAGAAAAUCUUAUCCUUGCAUCAGAUCCUGAUCGUGAGGGAGAGGCAAUUGCAUGGCACAUAAUUGAGAUGUUACAACAACAGGGAGCUCUGCACGAUAAUAUUUUUCUGGCUAGAGUUGUCUUUCAUGAAAUAACUGAGCAAGCUAUAAAAAGUGCUUUACAAGCUCCACGAGAGAUUGAUGUGAAUUUGGUUCACGCUUACCUUGCACGGAGGGCUCUUGAUUAUUUGAUCGGGUUUAACAUUUCACCAUUACUAUGGAAGAAGUUACCAGGUUGCAAAUCAGCAGGAAGAGUUCAAUCUGCUGCACUUUCUCUUAUAUGUGAUAGAGAAAUGGAAAUCGAUCAAUUUAAGCCCAAGGAGUAUUGGACUAUGGAGGCCACGUUUAGUAUGGAAGAGCGUAGAUUAAACAAGGACUUAACAUUUCUUGCUCACCUGACCCAUUUUGAUUCAAACAAGUUGAAUCAAUUUUCAAUUACUUCUGGUGAGGAGGCAAGGGAUAUCGAAAGCAAAAUAAACUCUGCUGAGUUUCGGGUUAUUAGCAUGAAAAGAGGCAAAUUUCUAAAAAAUCCUCCCACACCUUAUAGAACAUCAACACUUCAGCAAGAUGCUGCAAACAAAUUGAAUUUCUCAGCAAGUAAAACAAUGAUGCUAUCUCAGAAACUCUACGAGGGAGUUGAACUACCUAAUGGUAUAUCAGUGGGUUUGAUAACAUACAUCAGAACUGAUGGACUCCAUAUUUCUGAUGAAGCUGUUGCCAAUAUUCGCUCCCUGAUCAUUGAAAG